AAGGGUUUUUACAAAAUUAUUUUUUUAGUGAAUAAAAUAAAUAAUUAAUUGAUUAGAAUUCAACAAUAACAGAACAUUAACAACUCACAAAAACAAGAAGAAAAAAAAUAUUUUUACAUUGAAACUAGACAUCAGACAAAGGCUUGACUCGUUCAAAGAGGCAUUGGGACAUAAGAUUGGGGCCUGACUCAGAGACACGAAAGCGAUAAAAAAACGCGUAGGAUCAUUUCGGACCAAUCACCAGACAUCGAAAUCCCACCCAAGAACUUUUCUCAUUUCACUCGGAGAAACCAAUCUCUACUUCACAAGUCAUAUAAAUAUCAAUUCAUCGGCAUUUUCAAUUCACCAAAACGCAAAUGUAUAAUAACAAACCAAACGUACCGAAUUGAGGAAGGGCUCCCCGGGGAAAAGAAAAUGGAUGAGCUUCUUGUCGGGUUCCGGUUUUACCCCACGGAGGACGAGCUCAUCUCGUUCUACCUGCGAAACAAGCUAGAGGGACGGGUAAUACCCGGCAUGGCUCGUGUCAUACCUGUCGUUGACGUGUUCGCAGUCGAGCCUAAUCACCUUCCACAGCUUGCGGGAGAGAGGUGCCGAGGAGACACAGAGCAGUGGUUUUUCUUUGUACCAAGACAAGAGAGGGAAGCACGAGGAGGAAGACCGAGCAGAACUACAGCUUCAGGAUACUGGAAAGCAACUGGGUCACCUGGGCCAGUGUUCUCGGCCGAUAACCGAGUGAUUGGGGUCAAGAAGACGAUGGUCUUCUACAUCGGAAAAGCACCUACAGGGAGAAAAACAAGAUGGAAGAUGAAUGAGUACAAAGCAAUUGAUGGGACAGCCAACAUGUCCCCAAUCCCUCAGUUGAGACACGAGUUCAGUCUAUGCCGUCUCUACAUAACCUCAGGAAGCUCCCGUGCGUUUGAUAGGCGUCCCAUGAAAGCCUAUCAAAUAGAAGGAAUGCUUCCACGCAACGGGGCUGGACCAUCAUCUCAGGUCAGGACGAUGGCCGGGAGAGCGAGUUCAUCAGAAACUUCAUACUCUAGAGGAGAUCAUGCUGAUCUCCCAGUGAAUACUGCACAAACCAGCCCGGAGAUGGUUGAUGGUCUAACAAAACCAUUCUGGGAAUGGGAAAAGCUGAAUUGGGCUUGACCCGACCCGAGAUUCUAGGCAGUUUUUCUUGUUAGUUCAGCAAGAUCAAAAUCAGAUGAAUGUAGUCCUUAGCAUAAUUCUUUUACUCCUUGUAAGGUCAAUGGUUAAUAAUCAAGAAUAAACACCAAAGGGCAUGUUAUGACAAAAUUUACCUCAAAUUACCAAAACACAAGGACUAAAGAAAGAGAAAAGGAAACAAAAGGCAAAUGGGGUUCGAUAUGUGCAGGAAAUUGACUUGCUGAUUUAAGUUUUACAUGAUCAAGAAAGUUGGAAAGCGAUCCCCUUGGGACUUGCUUCAAUACCAACCACUGGAAAUGCUCGCACAAAGUGAACCAUUGGUCCAAAUCACCCAAAAAGGCAUACCUCGUCCCCUUGCCGAAUGAGGGCCAACAGAAGAAUCAUUGGUCAAUGCUCCCCUUAUGGAUCAACUACGUGAUCAAGAAAGUUGCCUUUAUAUUUCAUGAAGUAUCAUGUUCUUCACUCUUUACACUAAAUACCGCUAAAGCUCCUCAUUCGAGUUGUAGGAUUCUCACAAUUCUAAUCACCUGCAAAUUUCAAGGCCUUGGAAGAAACUCGAUUCUUCCCAAACGUAAGGCCGUUCACAUGAUACUUCCUCUUUUGUACUAUCCGCGUCCAAAAUUCUGACUCUACACAGCAGAA